GUCUUCUGCUGCACUUUCUCUCGCGAGAGCGGCCCCUCACGGCUGUGCCUGGGCGCUGCGAUGCUGUUGCUGUGGGUUUGAUUGACAGGAAACAUGUCGGUGUGGUGGGAACGAACCGGGAUGCAGCUGCUGCCAAGGGAGACCUGCAUUCAGUCCACACACCAGAACCUUUAAACCAACAACAAGGCUUUUCCUCCCGAUCCGUCUGCUUAUGAUGCGCUGAGCAGCAUCAGCUUUCUUCUUCUUUUUUCUUUUUUUUUUUUUCUUCUUCUCUCUAACAACCAUUUGAAAGGAAGGGGGCACCCGAUGGAUGCUGCGUCCAGCCGUGUAGUCCCGCUCGGUGUCUGUACAUCGUGCUUGAUCUAAGCAUCCAUCCAGAGACACCUUGAUGAUCCAGCAGGAAACUACGAGGACUGUUACAAUGGAGUCGACUCUCUCGCGGCUCAAAUAAAAAACCUGCAACAUCUCGUUUCAUGGCGUUCUGCAGGUUGCUCUGCUCCAUGGGCUCCUCCACAUUUCUUUUUUGAAUUAUUCUUAUUUUUUCCCCUCUUCCUAUUUUACUUCUUUGUUUAUUUUCUAAGUGCAAAAAGGGAAAAAAAUAUAACAUCCAUCGGUCGCUAAACUAUGAACGAGGAGAUGACAAAAAGCGAGGAGCAGCAUCUGAGUUUGCAGAAAGCCUUGCAGCAGUGCGAGUUGGUGCAAAACAUGAUAGACAUAAGCAUUUCCAGUUUGGAGGGUUUACGGACCAAAUGUGCCACAUCCAACGACUUGACACAAAAAGAGAUCCGAACGCUGGAGGGGAAGUUGGUGAAGUACUUCAGCCGCCAGCUGUCCUGCAAGUGCAAAGUGGCCUUAGAGGAGCGCAGUGCAGAGCUGGAAGACUUCCCUCGCCUCGACCACUGGUUCCGCAUUGUCAACUUAAGGAAGGAAGUCGCAGAGGAGAUGAAUGCAGGUGAGGUUAAUCUAGAAGGCCUACUGGACAUGAGUGAGGAGCAGGUGUGUGAGCUGUUGCAGAAGUUUGGUGCCAACGAAGAAGAAUGUGCCCGACUUAAUGCUUCCCUCUCCUGCCUCAGAAAGGCCCACCAACUUGAACAACUUGAGGAGGAUAAAUUGCACAGUAACGGAGGGAGCCAAGCAAAACAGGAGUGGUCCAUCCAGUGGCCCACCUCUGAAUCUGGAAAGGAAAACACUCCAGUCUGCCAGCCAGAGGCCAGUCAGUGGAUUCGUUUCCAGCUCUCCCAAAGCCCCAAAGUUCAGUCCAAGUACAACCAGCACAUGUGCCACAGUCCACAAGCCCUGGCGCCCCCUUUCUACACAGAUCGACUUACUGUUGAAAACCCCGCCACAGGACUCUUCCCUUCCUUUGACUCUGGUCACCGUUCCCUGCCCCCAUCACCUCGCCAAAGGCAUUUUGGUCACACACCUCCGCGGACUCCUUUGGUGGUCAACACCAUGACUCCACCGGGUACUCCCCCCAUGAGACGAAGGAACAAAGUGAAGGCCCCUGGAACGCCACCGCCACCAAGCCGCAAGCUCAUCUAUCUGCUGCCUGGCUUCACGGCGUUGCAUCGGAGCAAAUCCCAUGAGUUCCAGCUGGGGAAUCGCUUGGAUGACACUCAAACACCAAAAGCCAAGAAGAAGACAAAGCCCUUGAACCUUAAGAUUCACAGCAGUGUGGGGAGCUGUGAGAAUCUGCCCACGCAGCGGUCACCGCUCCACACCGAGCGAUCUUUGCGAUCCUUCUUCUUUCCGUCUUUCAUCCCUUCCACACCUCCUGUUCAUGCUGAAACACCCUCUGCAAACACUCUUUCAGUGCCUCGCUGGUCCCCACAGAUUCCUCGAAGAGAUUUUGGAAACUCAAUAAAACACCGGUUUUCCACCAAGUACUGGAUGUCCCAGACAUGCAUAGUAUGUGGAAAGGGAAUGUUGUUUGGACUAAAAUGUAAAAACUGCAAGCUGAAGUGCCACAACAAAUGCACCAAAGAAGCCCCACCUUGCCAUCUAUUGAUUAUACAGCGAGGAGGACGAGAAUCCCUCAAAGAUCAACAGGGAACGAUUCAAGUAGCUCGUCUGGUACGGACUGAAUCAGUGCCAUGUGACAUCAACAAUCCGCUCAGGUACACAGACCUGCAUAUCAGUCAGACGCUCCCCAAAACCAACAAAAUCAACAAGGAUCACAUCCCAGUCCCCUACCAACCGGACUCCAGCAGUAAUCCAUCAUCCACCACUUCCUCCACCCCAUCCUCCCCGGCUCCUCCGUUGCCCAGCAGUGCCACUCCGCCAUCACCACUGCAUCCUUCUCCACAGUCGGCGCGGCAACAAAAACAGUUCAACUUGACCGCCUCCAGUUACUUCAAAUACAAGCAGCAAUUCAUCUUCCCUGAUGUUACACCAGAGGCGCCUCCCAGUAGAGCACCGCAAGUCAUUCUGCAUCCGGUCCUCUCUGAACAGGGGAAUGAGGGCAACCCCUUACUUCAAAUCGAAGUGGAGCCGACAUCAGAUAAUGAAGAUGCCAACAACGAGGACUCCGGCGAUGAGUUUGAGGAGAUGAAUUUGUCCCUUUUGUCUGCUCGCAACUUCCCACGCAAAGCCAGCCAGACGAGCAUCUUCCUGCAGGAGUGGGACAUCCCCUUUGAGCAGCUGGAGAUUGGGGAGAUGAUCGGCAAAGGGCGCUUCGGCAAGGUGUUCCACGGACGGUGGCACGGAGAGGUCGCCAUCCGACUGAUCGACAUCGAGCGGGACAACGAAGACCAGCUGAAGGCUUUCAAACGGGAGGUGAUGGCGUACCGCAACACUCGCCAUGAGAAUGUGGUGCUGUUCAUGGGGGUGUGCAUGAGCCCACCGCAUCUGGCCAUCAUCACCAGCUUGUGUAAAGGCAGGACACUUUACUCUGUGGUGCGGGAUGCCAAGGUUGUCCUGGACGUUAACAAGACGCGACAGAUUGCACAAGAGAUGGUCAAGGGGAUGGGCUACCUCCACGCUAAGGGGAUUUUACACAAAGACAUGAAGUCCAAGAAUGUGUUUUAUGAUAACGGCAAAGUCGUCAUCACUGACUUUGGACUUUUUACCAUAUCUGGAGUUCUGCAGGCCGGCAGCCGGAGAGAAGACAAACUGAGAAUCCCCAACGGCUGGCUGUGUCACCUGGCCCCAGAAAUUAUUCAGCAGCUUUCUCCAGACACAGAGGAGGACAAGCUUCCUUUCUCCAAACAGUCAGACGUCUUUGCUUUCGGCACCAUCUGGUAUGAGUUACACGCACGUGAGUGGCCUUACAAGAGUCAGCCAGCGGAGGUGAUCAUAUGGCAGAUUGGAAGUGGCAUGAAGCCGAACCUUGCCCAAACUGGGAUGGGGAAGGAGAUACUGGAUAUUUUGCUGAUGUGCUGGGCGUACAAGCCAGAAGAGCGGCCCAGCUUCUCCAAGCUGGUAGAUUUACUGGAAAAGUUGCCAAAAAGGAACCGCCGCCUUUCCCAUCCAGGGCACUUCUGGAAGUCAGCUGAGCUGUAACGGAGACAUCGAAGGGACUAUGUUCGUCUUCUGCUCUGCUCACAUCUGUUUCACCGCCCACCUGCCUGCCCUGCCACCUGUGCUCUCUUUGCUCCACCUUGCUUCCUCUGCCCCAUCUAUUCCUGCCUGUUCUUCCUGCCACAGCCCAGACACCUACAUACAACUGUACAUGUGCCCUCAUGCCUGAAUGGACCCUUUAGCGAUCAGAACUGGCCCACUUUGCUGGGGUGGGUCAUAAAACAAAACUGCAGACUUUCAAACAGAGAGGCCUUUCUCCACUCUAUGCCUGAAGAUGAUUGUGAUGAUGAUUGUGAAGCUUAGAUCCCAAGAGACACACUCUCAGCAGCUCACCCGCUAAACUGUUAUUGAUAAGAUCUAAUUUAGCAAGUAAUGUAUUUUAUGUUGUUUGAAUAUUAUCACAACACCUAUGGUAAUAACUCCUGUGGUUUAUUAUCAUUUCUAACACAUCAUACAGUGAUGACAAAAUAAUGAACAUAGUUUUCAGUCUUUCUCGGCUCUGAAAGAACUCUUCCAUCUUUUUUGGUACCUAUGAAUUAACAAAUUUAGAAAUUCAUGGUUUUGAUUCUGAGGCAUAGAUAGUUUUAUUCUAAUUUCACCUCGCAGCCUAUAAAGUCUCCACAAAAAUGAAUUUUUCAAACCUUUAAAUUUUUUCUUUUUCUGGUUUUUAAAAAUGCUGGUCACAUACAAGGCAUACUUGCUCCUUCCGGUACUCAUAAACCGGAAGGAGUUUAUGACUCCUUCCGGUUUAUGAAGGAGUCAUUUAAAGUCUUUUUAAAGACUUUAAAACAUUUUUGACAAGCAAGAAUAUUUAUUAAAAGUACUCACAUUUGAACAAAACCGCAAUCUUUUCCUUAACAUUAUAAAGUUAGGAAAACAGUGAUUAUAAACAUUAUAAAGUCAGAAAAAGAAAAUAAAAAAAAAUUAAAAAAAAGUAGACACUAUGUCUACUUAUAUGAGGAGAGGCAUUUAUGUCUGCAGGUAUACUUUUUGGUUUCUAAUAAGGUGAGUAUCAGAAAUGUUAUUGUUUUUAAAAUACUAUUAUGAAACAUAGCAUGAGAUCAGUAUGCAGAUCUUAGCCUUCCUGGGCCGGAGCUGCAUUGCUGUGGAUAUAAUGAGUGAGACAUAAUGUUGACCAGGCAGGUGAAUAGAGGAGCGUGCUGCUCUAACUGCAUCUAGUAGAUGUACCUCCUUAAGUAAAAUAAUUAUUCAUGUCAGGUUUUCUACAGGAUGAAAGGAAACAUCAUCUUACAUGUUUUAUUUAUUAUUAUUAUAUUCGUCUUAUCUUGGGUCCUGAUUAUGGAGGCAGCAGCCUAAGCAGGGAGGUCCAGACGUCCUUCUCACCGGCCACUUGGACCAGAUCCUCCUGAAGAAUCCCAGGGUGUUUCAGCUGAGAAACGAAAAACAUAGUUCCUCCUGUGUGUUUUAGGCAUGAUUUCAUUUCACUAAAGUUCAGGAUUCACAGACGACUCCAAGACAAAGCUCAUAGCAUUUUUGGAAAAUGGAAACAACCUAUAAAAAUAUAGAUUUCUAACUAGAUAAGCCAGAUAAGUGCUCACCCUUGUCUGCACAAGUUCCUUAAUCUAAAUAAGCAGCCUUUGUUGACAGCCCCAGGUACCAGAUCAGGUUUGAGGAUGAUAUUUCUGACACAAUGAGGCCUGUUAUCUCCCCAUUAUUGUUUGAAGAGUGCUAACAUUGAAAUGGCAGCGUCUUUAUUAUUUCUAUGUGUCUGACAUCAUUAGAAAGCUAAUGAUGUCAAAAUCUGCAAUUAACUCAAAAUGCCUGCAGGGAGACUUGUUCCUGGUUUUGUUGUUGCCAAUGACAAAUCAGUUUUUAACAUUCUCAUCUUUGUCCAAACUUAACAAAGAUGUUAAUGCAUGUUCAUUUAAUUUGUUCCUUAAUAAAAAA